ACAGUUCAGACUCAGUGUCUCCCCCCUCUGUGGACGUGUCGGGUGGUAGUAGUGGCUGCCUGUGAGUGACUGGUUGGUGUGACCUGCUUCUCUCUCUCUCACUCACCCAACCUGUUGAGCUUAGUCGUGGCUGAACCCCAGUGGUGUCUGUUAGCCUCGUUGAUGCUGUGGCCAGGCUGGCGCUGUGGCCUCGCUGAUGCUGUGGCCAGGCGGGUGCUGUGGCGUUGCCGGGAUUCUGUGGCCAUGCCGAUUCUUAGGGCCAUAGUGAAGUUGCAGUGAACAUGUAAGGCCCAGCAGAAAGGACCUGGUGUGUGUGUGUCCUCCUGGAGACCUCUUGUUCUCCUGACGUGACAGAGGCGUUCAAGCUAGCAGGAAGGAGGAUGAAGGGAGAUGUCGUUCUCGUCUCCAGGAGUAAGGUGCUGUCUCCUGUACACCUGUUGAGGGCUAGAUCCUCCUAAGACAAAAAAAAAGGAAGUUUUUCUCACUAAUGUGAUACAAAGUGAUAAACUAUAUCCAAACAUCCAGAAAAAAACAUGAUUUAAUUAUCUGAACGAACAUUAAAUAUUUACAUCUGAAAUAAACACUAGAUGCGGUGUUUUCUCUCUCUUGGAAAACAUCAAAACAGUGAAAAGUUAUUAAAUAAUAUAUAUCCCAUAAAAUCACGGAAAUAAUACACUAUGCGGGACCAGAUGACUAAGGUACGUGUUGUGUUAUGGUGUGGUAGUGUCUCUCGUAUGUUACUGACGUAGCUUGUGGACGAAAACUUCACACCUGUGAGCUAAAAUAUUCAUGGGUCUUAUAUAACUCUACUCGGUACCUGUAUUAAAAUUGGCUGGAUCGUACGUGAGAGCAGAGUUACCGUAUCUAGACACUUUGACCUACCCAGUGCUGAUACUAUCGUCUAGAGCAGUGUUAUCGUACUUGACCUAUUGUUAUCGUACCUUGACCUACCCAGUGUUUGUGCUAUCGUCGCACAAAGCAGUAUUAUCUUACCUAGACAUGACAUAUUAACGUAACCAAUGCUUGUCCUACCUAAGAUCGUGCCAUACGCUUCAGUUGACGUAUAUAAACGGUGUCUUGUGGCAGCCUCGCGGACACUGCCAUGUAAAUAGAGGAAUAUUCAACAACACAACGCCCAGCUGUCGUGGUCUUCUGCUCAAAAGGAUGCCGGGGAGGCUGCGUGUGGAGGAUGAGGACUGGGGGGGUGGUGGUGCUCUCUCGACGCUUGUAGGGACGGCCGUAUCCAUGGUGCUGGAUCCUGAAGAAGACUACCUCAAUCUUUCUCUCGUCAACGCUUCUACAGUUGUCCCGACCAACAGCAGCGAGUUGGCGGGUAAAGACAUCGUGCGUCACCUCAAGCCAGCCUACCAGGUCCUCAUCACUGUCUUCUACGUCUUUGGCAUCUUGGGCAACGUCGCCGCCCUCUUCAUCAUCACCAAGAAUGAGACGCAGAGAUACAGGAAACAGACGUUCAUGCUGCGCUGUCUGGCCGGGAACGACUUACUGGCGCUGCUGGGAUCGUUCGUGCAGAUGUACGUCCAACUCUACCUGCCUAACGCCAACGGGAAGUUACUGUGUGCCUCCAGGAUCAUCUUCAGGGCCUUUGGGCUUGGCUCAGGCUGCGUCGCUCUUGUGAUGGCUGUCGAACGCUGGCUGGCCCUCACACACCCCUUCACCUACCAGAAGCACGUAACACACGCUGUGAUCCGACGGUCGAUCUUGGGCCUGUGGACGUUCAACCUGCUGGUGGUGUGUGCGCCUUUCGCGGGGUUUGGUCUCUGGUACGACGAGAGCUUCACCCCGCCCUGCGUCCGCUACCGUCUGGCCAAGUCCGUCCUCGACCGCACCUACGCUUAUCUUGUCUUCGCUUACGGCAUGGUGAUGUGUGCCGUGAUCGUCUGCUGUAACCUGGCGGUGAUCCGGGUACUGUGCAGGAUGCGGGAACGUCUACUACCUCGCCGUCAUUCCAGAGCCUCCUGCCGCAGCUCGUCCUCUACCUGCGGCGAUCACUCCAUGAACCACGCCACCGUAGAGGAGCUCUCCUUCGCCCGUCUCAUGGCAGUUCUCUCUAUCUUCUUCGUCGUGUGUUGGGUCCCGCAGCUGACUACCAUCAUCGUGGCACAAGUGGUGGGCGCCAACAAGGGUAUCUACCGGCUAGCUGACGUCUUCAUUGCCCUCAACUUUACCCUUGACCCGUACAUGUACGUGCUGUUCCGUCGCAAGCAGCGCUACAGUCGACGUCACCUGAGGAAGCUGGUCACCUACCUGUGUCCUAACCGCCUGCAGGGGUCUACUGACCGAGGCCUCAUCACCAACUCGGUCAGGUCGUCGUCACACACCUCCCACAACACCAACGACUAUAAGAUAACCAAUCAGCUUGGAUUUGGGAACUCAUCGUUAUGUCCAGCAAAACAUUCUUCAGGCUCAACCAAGUGUAGAGGGCCGAGCUGCCGAGAUAGACCCCUAAUUAUGAAGGAGACAUCAGUGCCAAGAACACGGUAUCCUCCAACACUGCCACUAGUGAAAAAGAGUAUGUGCCUCUCCAACUACUGCUCUCCUCCACAAAGGCUACAGAAAUUGACUGCAAGUCCUCAGUCAUCUAAGGCGACGGAAGAUACAUGCUUUGUGAGCGAGCAGCUCCAUAUUUACAGCAGAGAAACUCAGAAUCUUGAAACUGAAGCCACAGAAAACAGAAUGUCUUACACCUUGUCAAAAGAAGCUGCUCUUAGUGGCCUGAACACACCAGAGGUAGAUGAACACUCUUAUGUUAUCGUACACGCAGGAGAGAGUGACGGCAAAAACUCGUGGAUUUGUUUGUCACAGGAAAAUUCAUUUUCAGUCUUUUGCGAAGAAAUCAAUAAAGAAGAAGAUAAUUCCUCUUUUAAAAACGUAAAGCGUUGGUCUUUCUGCUACGGUGAAGAUGAAAGACUGGAAAUUUUACCCAAAUCACUUCAUAAACAUGGCCUGAGAAACAGAACCUGGCUAUUAAACCCUUGGCACACGUGGAAAAUGCCCCUCUGGAAAAGCCAAGGUGAGUUGUGGUCCAGAAUGAAAACUGACGUGUAGUCCAGAGACACGCGGUCGAGGAGUGGUCGAUGUCAUUCGUGUAUACAUGAACUGUGUUGUUUACUGCGAGAGUAUGCUCAUAAUUAUAUAAGUAAAUGUGAACCACAAUGUGUUGUUUGGUUAAUGUGUUCUCUUAUAAGGACGUGAGAACAAGUAUAAGUAUCUCACAGCUGUGCUUUAAUGAACUGUUAUGUGUGAACUGCAGAAAGUUUGAGUUGUAAUGUGUUAAAUGUGUAUGAGCUGUUUAGAGGAUCAUGUGAAAAACUAUUAGAGAUGAAAUGACAGCAGAAAAUUGAGGUUUUAUUGUGCUGGGUGUUUGUACUGUAUUAUGUAAAAAGUUAUGGCUGUAAUGCAUUACCCGGUGAAAAGAUUUUAAAGAUUUGAAUUACGAUAUUUUGAGAGUUGAUGUAGGUUUAGUUGAGCUCCAGUAAUAAUAUUGUACAGUGAUGAAGUAAUGGUUGAAUACCAGAGUGAGGGAAGCAUCUGGGUGUGUUAGUUCUGCAGAGGAAGUUUACUGAGUGACAAUGAUCCUCACUACAACUCAAGUCGUUACCAUGAAUCAUGUCAUUAACCUCAGUGUUGUGUAUUAUGUCCUUGUAACAUUAUCGUUGUGUGUUGAGAUAUUGAUCAAUAUUGUAUUUGAUCGUAAAGCUUCAGUCCAUUUAUGUUUAAACAGUCCUGUACGUGCAAAUAUUAUUAUUGUACAAAUACAAAAAUUAGUAAAUCAUAAACCUCACCUCUAACUGUCCAGUGUUUGGUGAGUGAUGCCUUCACCUCCUGACGAGUCUUGUUAUGGGUGAGGGAAUGACUGAUACAUACUCUACAAUUAUUCUUAUUUUUGUGUUAAUAAAGAUAAGAAAAGUUGGCUAACUCUCGUCACGUGUUGGUGUCAAUGUCAAACACUUUUACAGUAUAAAGAUAAACGUGAGAUAAGACCCGAGUGUCUGUGUAAACUGUCUCUCUUUCUACCUCACGCCAAAGGACUUUAUUCCACUUUUCCUAUCGACUAACAUUUACCUUUCAGGAUCUAACCCAAUAGAUAUUGCCUCACCAUUUCUGCUGUCUUAGUUUUCAAUGAAUAAUAACAUUCACUUGUUACAUGUUCCUGUAUGUUACACAGUGCAUACCUUGAUAGGUGCACUAUACUAUAACGGCAGUGUAACAAUUAUAUGUGGUCUUGAAACGCUUUUGUAACUAAUAGUAUAAGUCGGUCUUCACUUCUCAGAGCAGUGAACAGAAAAUGUAGAUCACAAAAACUAUGAAAUACCAGGACGGUGAUAGAAGACAAUCACUGCAUGACCCAACAUUUACUUGGGAUCUUUUGAUGGAGAGUUUCUGUUAUAUACGGUAAUACCUUUUAGCAAUGUUGAAAUCAUUUACCCAAUUCAAUAGACUGAGAAAUGAUUGUUAGAAAUGUCAAGGUGAAAUUGUUUAAUUCGUGUAAUUGUUUUGUCUCAGAGGGUAAGAGCGAAAGAAAAUGCGGUCGUGUUAAGUGAUGAAGUGUGGGAUUGUACAAUAGAGGGCCAGAGUGAGAGACCCAGAGUUACCAUAUUUGUAUGGGGAGGAAUAAAGGGAUCCAAAUAGAAAGAGGAAAAUAAUUAAGUAAGAGAUGAAAUAAGCUGUAAGCAAAAUUAAUAAUACUAAGUUGAGAAAGUAGAUGAAUUUAUUAGAGAAAUUAUGAGGAGGGGAAAUGCAACGGUAGUAGUGCAGUGGAGUGUAAACGUAAGAGGGAUAAGUUCUAAAGUAAUGUCAAAGAGAACACAUUGUUCCUGUAUAAGAUUGAAGGAUAGUGUAAAGGCGUCAUUAUGGAGAGAGUUAGUGGUUUGAAGAGAGUUUUGUGGGGAUAAAAAGUUUGAAAGUUACUUAAAACGUUCCAAAGUACUGUACCAACAAUCUCUGGGCACUUUAGCUAAGAUGAAGUGUGUACCAAAUGUCCCUCUUUACGGUGGAGGAUAGGAAGACCUUGCUGGAGCAGCUAUGGACUGGAUAAAUCAUAAAAGUUAGUCACCAGAAAAACUUACGAAAUAUUGUAAACGUUUGGGAUAAUUGGAGUCUAGCUGAAUACUCCUGUGUUUGUAUUGAGUUUAGCAAGUUAGUAUGUGUUUGUGUGUGUGUGUGUCGGGAGGAAGGGAACUGCUCCAGCUUGUAUAUUAUUAAACCUUACAAAGUUAUGUUCUGGCUAACUCCCUCCAAGUGUAGGAGGCAUAAUACCUGUUCUCUUGUGGAGCAAAUUUGGGCAUUACUAAUUUGCUUUAUAUGGCCAGUGCCACAAACAAACAAAUGUUUGGAUUUGAACAUUUGUAAUCAAAGGUGAAACGUGGUGGUUGAACAUGAGUGAUGUACUACAGAACAUUCAUAACUUGUAGUACAAUGUGUAACUGAACAAUAUAUAUUCUAUUAUCUCUAUUUUUCCUGAAGGUGUGUCCUCGUGUUUAGGCUGUACAGUACUGCAUAGAUAUUGGUUUAGGAAGUCAAGUGUGUUGUCCGGAUGACCAGAACAAAUAUGUCGUCGAUAUUUUGCAUUGCCAACUUUCUUCUAUUUUCUUGUCAUAAUAAUCUAUUGAAGUACCGUAUGUCUAUUAACUUGUGUCAUUGAUAUGUACGAUUGUACGUGUUCAUUCAUCUAAAAAUGUGUUAACUCUACACCAUUCCCGAACACUGUACAGUCACCCACAAUAGUCUUGACACCCCUUGUGCUGCUCCGUCAACCCCAAGAUUCAGACUCAUGAACCUGAAGCAGUAGACACAGGUAUUAUUCUGUCCACGGAUGGUUCGGAUUCACGAGUCUGAUUCUCGGAGUUCGUGAGCAGCAGAAGAGGCGACAGGACUUGUUUGUGACUGUACGUGGAGUAAUAAUGUUCCAAGUUUCUUAAGAUAUUCAGGUUGUUUUCACACAUUUCUCACGUACACUGUUUGCUUUAUCGGACUAUAUAAAUUUCCUGCAAGUGUUUACAAAACAUUUAGAUGUUUAUCGUAACUACAGAUAUUUGUUGAGUAUAUAGCGAAUACAAUUUUCUGAUACACUAAAUUAAAUAAUUAGAUUUACUUAGAAAUGUUAUAUACUUUCCUAUAGGUAGUUCAGUCAUCGAGUGUUUGAAAUGUUGCUUUUAAUGUUUACUGUAAAGUGUUUAGUUUCAUAUGGAUGACUUUCAUUUACGGUAAUUAUUCAAGAAAGAAGAUAGAAUAUUCUAUUAAAAUAUUGCAUACCCUAAAGAAUCUCCACCCCAGCUUAUUUCACCUAACGAUCAAUCACCCUAACACUAACCUAUCCUAUUCUAUCAUAUCUUCCCCUAACCUAACAUAUCCUAACCUAACCUAACCUAACCUAACAUAACAUAUCCUAACCUAACCUAACAUAUCCUAACCUAACCUCAUUCCCCUAGUGUUACGUGGUUUAUAUAAGUAAAUACAUAACCUUUACACACUGCAGGUACUUACUUAAGCUCUGUCACCCAAAUUUAAGAUGAAAGAAUAUAUUUACGUUUAAUUUUAUACUACGAUAAAUAUUUACUCACACAGAUAGAUGAUUUAGGAGUCUUGUCUGAUGUAUGUUAGGUGUUAAGAAUCGAUUGACCAGAUACAGUUUAGUUAAUGUUGCUAAUUAUAUUGUGCCGCUGCGAGAGAACCACCGUUUUCUUUCUUAACUUGUGGAAAUUAAUAGAAAACUAAUAUUCGAGUAAUUAUACCUAUAACUAAAGAAUUAUUUUUAUAGAUCAUUACAAUAACACGCGGGGAAAUAAAGAUGAUUCACCUACAUCAGUGAUUCUGGUGGGGGGGGGGAUGAGGGUUUGUUAAAAGCUUAAGUGAGGCGUCAUGUGAUAAAGUUUGGGAACCACUGUCAGGAGUACAGUACUUGAAGUCUUUCCUGAAGACCCGUCUAAAUAGUCUACCUACCGUUCCCUCAUGUCGUGUACAGGUCUUCCCGAGUCAGUAGUGGUGUACCUAAUACUAUACGUCAUUAUACAGGGUGUCUCAAUAAUGUACACACACACAGCCUUAGAGAUUUUCAUGGAGACUGUGUUAAUGUUUGUAUUACAACAGCAACAGUGUCCUCACCUGUGGGGGACCUCACACAUCAACAAGUGAGGGCGAUGUUGAUGUGAUAUAAACAUUCAUGAGAAGUCCACCAAAAAUUGUUUGGCAGUGUGUAUUAAUGUUCUGAGACAUCCUGUACUUAUAGUUCAUAGUAAAGCAAACUGAAUCCAAUCCAUAUAUACAUAUAUAUAUAUAUAUAUAUAUAUAUAUAUAUAUAUAUAUAUAUAUAUAUAUAUAUAUAUAUAUAUAUAUAUAUAUAUAUAUAUAUAUAUAUAUAUAUCACUUAACUAUUGUAGUGUAGAUUAAUAAUGUCAUGACAAGAAUAACCACUCUCAAAACAUAUUUCAUACUGGACUGCAUCAUAUAAUACUGUGUCCAUCAUUCUGAAAGGAGCGCAACAGAGAGAAAAUAUUUUCUGAUUAUAAUGGUAAUUAGAAUGAACUAAAAGUGGUUGUGGAAUUGAAAAAAUAAACCUUUAUUUUUUUAUAAAUUCCAGUUUACCCGUUCCAUUUAAAUACAAUAUAAUUAUAUACUGUAAUGUGUACAAUUAUAUAACCAUACCUAUUUAUAAGAGACGUGUUAGAUAUUAGUACUGUAUCGAUAUUAAGAUGAUAUCAAGUGUAUAUUGUUUAAGUGGUGCACCAAACAAGAACUCCCAGACUGAACCCUCACACUGGUCGCAUACAGUAGACCCUCCAGGUACAUUAACAGCCAUAUUCACCACCUGUCCGGCACCACACUAGACCC